GUCUCAUUCAUGUACCGUACGUCUGUACACCACCUCGUACAACUUAAACACGUACUACAUACCCUAAAUCUUUUACUCAAAAUUAAACCACCCCAAACCCAAACAAAUAAAGAAAGAAAAGUUUACGCACCAAUUGAAUUUCCCGAAUUUAGCGAAAGAAAAUAAUCCCCAAAUUUCAUAAAAAAAAAAAAGAGAAGUGUUUGAUCGAUGAUUAGAUAGGAAGAAGAUGCAUAUGAUGAAUGCAAUAUCAUUCGCUCGCGUGGUAGCGCGAUGUGCUGGGGCGGCGGAGGCAGAGGCGGGACAUUUACCGUUCGGGUCGAUGUGGUGGAUAAUAUACGCCGGAAUAUCAUUUUUAAUGGUAAUUUUUGCGGGUAUAAUGUCGGGUCUUACUCUCGGGUUGAUGUCUCUUAGCCUUGUUGAUCUUGAAAUUCUACAGCGUAGUGGAGAUUCCUCCGAGAAAAAGCAGGCUGCUGCCAUUCUUCCUGUUGUUCAGAAGCAACAUCAGCUGCUUGUUACCUUGCUCCUGUGCAAUGCUUGUGCUAUGGAGGCCCUUCCUUUAUACCUGGAUAAGCUCGUUAAUCAGUUUCUGGCUAUUGUGCUUUCUGUAACUUUUGUUCUAUUCUUUGGAGAGGUUAUUCCACAAGCAAUCUGCACAAGAUAUGGACUUGCGGUUGGUGCCAAUUUUGUCUGGCUUGUGCGCAUACUAAUGAUUAUUUGCUACCCAAUUGCAUUUCCAAUUGGCAAGGUUCUAGACUGUGUGUUGGGACAUAACGAAGUGCUUUUCAGGCGUGCUCAGUUGAAAGCACUUGUUAGCAUCCACAGCAAGGAGGCUGGCAAAGGGGGAGAUCUUACACAUGACGAAACGACCAUUAUAAGUGGUGCUCUAGAUUUGACCGAAAAGACUGCAGAGGAAGCAAUGACGCCUAUUGAGUCAACAUUCUCAUUAGAUGUUCAUUCAAAGCUAGACUGGGAGGCAAUGGGAAAAAUUCUUGCAAGGGGUCACAGUCGCGUUCCUGUCUAUUUCGGAAAUCCCCAAAAUAUUAUUGGUCUGUUAUUGGUAAAAAGCCUUCUUACUGUUAGGGCAGAAACAGAGACCCCAGUCAGUGCUGUUUCCAUCCGGCGAAUUCCUAGGGUUCCUUCUGAUAUGCCCCUCUAUGACAUUUUAAAUGAGUUCCAAAAGGGAAGUAGUCACAUGGCGGCAGUUGUAAAAACUAAAAUGAAAAACAAGAGCCCAUCUAGAAACCAUGAAGAGAAACCGAAGGACUACAAUGUCACAUCUGAGGAUUCCACACUAACAACUCCCUUGCUCCCAACUCAAGAAGACUGCUCGGAAAACUUAGUUAUUGACAUUGAUAAGGCUUGGAAGGCUAUCACUAUGAAUGGGCAAGCUACCUCACAUUUUUCAUCAGAUGUUGAAGAUGGCGAGGUUAUUGGCAUAAUCACCCUGGAGGAUGUGUUUGAAGAACUUUUGCAGGAGGAAAUUGUUGAUGAGACAGAUGAAUAUGUAGAUGUGCAUAACCGGAUUCGUGUGGCAGCAGCAGCAGCUGCUGCUUCUUCAAUUGCACGAGCCCCUUCACUAAGAAGGCUGACCGGGUACAAGGGAUCUGGUGGUUCAAAUAAGACGGGACACGCUCCACGGAAGUCUAAUAUAGAAAGUGUCAUCUCAAAUCAAAUACUUUGCGACUCCAGUGGGGAAAAUUCUGUCUCGCAAACGCCAAACAAGUCUUAUACAGAGAUUUCUGUCUCUAUGAGAUUACAAGAAACUACAACUGACCCUUCUCUUGAAAGUAAGAGAUGAAAAUUCUAUAUUUUUGCUUCUAAUUCUAACAAAGGAAAAACGAUUUUGAUAUAUCUAGGCAUUUAACCAGAUUGCAGUUUACCCAUAUUUGUAAUCACGUCAUUCGGAGUUAACCCCUUAGAUUUUGAUGAAAGCAUGGAUAUUAAUUAUUAAAAGUAGGACUAGGGUAUAGUACAUGUCUUUGCAAAAUUUGUAUAUACUUUAUCUAUCUGCUACUGUAACAUUCAUUCGAGAAAGGCCGUGUUUGCUGAAUGCUAAUUAAAGGAAAAAAAUUAAGUUUUUAUUUUUAUACUAAAUACAAAUUAACUUGUGUUAA